GUAUGUUCAGAUAUAUCUAUGCAUGUUUAAAGGAGCGGCAGUAGCGAGUAUCGGCUAUAGCGGGUACAUGUAAGAUGCGGAUAAUUUCCGGCCGGCACACGUGCUACGCUUUGCGCCUCGCUGCACACAGGCAUGCUUCGAUAGUCGCUAUUGCUGGAUCCCGCGCUGCUACUGGAUGCACGGCAUUGGUACGGGGCGUGCUAUCCCUUUUGAGCGUACAUCCACAUCCGGCGAUCUGCGAUUGUGCAUCGUGCGCGGGGGAUAUACCUAUGUACAAACAACGGACUGACAGUGGUACCGUCGUCAAUAUCCGAGUUACCGAGGUGUUCUUAUCGGCCGACCGUUUCGACCAACUGGAUUCCCAAAUCUUGGGAAAUUAUAUUGUGAUGUGCCGGCCAUAUGGGCGUCACAUAUCUGCAUUACUCGGAAUUAUUUGCUGAAUUCUGUGACUUUGUGAUGAACAUAAUACCUGUACUACUGUAUGGCCAUGAGCAGCUUACAUACGUAUAUGUUGUUCUCCAUCCUCCAUCCACCGUUAACAAUUUGCGAGGAAUAUAUUUAUUGUAUAUGCAGUGUCUUUCCAGCUGAUCGGACAGCCUACCCGUAGGCUGCGAGAUCUGUAGUCUAGCGGUGAAGGAUGCGCCCAGUGCCAGUGUGGCCGGCGCUGACCCGACUGCUGUUGACCUGUAUGUGUACCCUGCGCGGGACGCAGGGCCAGCCGCGGCGCGUGGUCUUCCUGUCGGUGCACGCGUGGACAUCGCUGCCGUACAGCGUCGACUACGUCGGCGCCCCCAUCGCCCUCGCCGUGGAGGAGCUCAACCGAGCGGCCGAGCUCCACAACCAGACGGACCGCUUCUCCGUCAUCAGCUGGAACAAGACCGCGCUGCGCACCUGCACCGACGUCCAAGUGGAGGCGGUGCCCUACGCCGCCGACGUGUACCUGCGCGGCAGCUGGCGACGUUCGCCCGACGACGUCUUCGUCAUCCUGGCACCUUCGUGCAGUGAAGCGGUGGCGUAUCUGGGCGAUCUCGCACGAGAGUGGAAUGUGCCGGUGAUUAGCUCCGGCGGCACGGACACGGUGCUGGACGACAAGCGGCGCUUCCCGACGCUGCUGCGGCUCAGUCCCUACCAGCAGCAGAUGCUGGCCGAGGUCAUCGUGGCGCUGCUGCGCUUCUUCCGCUGGACCGACGUGGCCCUCCUCUGCGACGAGGGCGCCACCGAGCUAAACACCUUCUCCCUCAUCUGCAAAGUGCUGCCGGUGUACUUCAAGAAGACGCCCGGCAUCGCGCCCGUCUUCCUCAAGUACAACUUCAAAACCAACCCCGACCACCGCCGCUUCCUCACCGAAGCGGCGCGGUCGGCCCGCGUGUUCAUUGUCAGCACGCACGGUUCCCGUCUGCGCCAGCUACUGAUUGUGGCGGAGCGACUGGGCAUGGCCAACGGGGACUUCGCCUUCAUUGGACUGGCGCCGUUCGUGUCUCCGUUCGUGGGCAAGAUGUCGUGGCAGUACGGCGACGCCGAUGACGCCGCCGCCUACCGCAUCUACCGCUACCUCCUCCUCAUCGCCUCCGUCCCCAGCCGGCAGACCGCCGCUCUGACGCUGUACCAGCGCAUCAAGGAGCGCAGCUGGACGGACUACGGACUGCGCUAUGAACCGGACGAAGAGGUGACGCUGUUUGCCAGCGGAUACUAUCUGGCCGUGCAGGUCGUGGCCCAGGUGCUGGCAGCCUUCUUUCCCGGCACGACCGCCGAUCGAACCGGGCCAGUCAGCGGAAUCGACCUGGCCCGCUCCACCUACAACCGCACGUUCGCCACGCAGAUGGGCGCGCUGCACAUCAACGCCCGCGGUGACCUCGACAACGAUUACGGCGUCAAGGCGCUGCUGGCAGGCAGCGAUCAGUUCCAGGUGGCCUUCCGCUGGAUGCGGGAGACCGGCGAUCUCGUCCCGGUCGACAACGCCCGCUGGCCGCUCAAUACGACGCCGCCGGUUAAUCGGCCGUGGUGCGGAUUCACUGGCCAGGAUCCGCGCUGCCGUAAUGAGACGAACAUCCUGACGUUGGCCGGGAUAGGCGUGGCGGCCAGUGUCGGCUGCCUAACCGUCAUCCUUGUCGCCGGAUGUGCCUGGAUUCGGUAUCAGCAGUCCAACAGCGUCGACUGGCUGGUGUCGCCGGCGGAAGUGCAGCAUUCUUCCAGAACCACCAAGACCCUGUCCGUGCUGACCAAGUCGCAGAUGCUGCGGGCGCCGAUGGUGGCGCACAUGGACGGUGGCCGUACGCGGGUGGCCACGUACCGCGGUCAUGCUGUAUGGUGCCGGGUAGUGGGCACGUUGAACAAGGCUACCAAGCUGCCUCGGGACUUUAUCCGCGACACCAACGUGCGUAGGAGAUUGAAGCAGUCUAGCCUGGCGGAGUUCAUGGGAGCCGUGGUGGAAGGCAGCUAUCUGCUGACACUGACCGAAUAUUUCGCCAAAGGAUCCCUCGACGACGUCAUCGAGCUGAAGCCGGCGUGGAUGGACGCGCAGCUGAAGAACGUCUUCCUCACCGACAUCGUCAACGGCCUGUCGGUGAUCCACGCGGCCGCGGACCUGCGCAGUCACGGCGCCCUGAAGAGCCCCAACUGCAUGGUGACUGGCCACUUGUCCAUCAAACUGGCCGACUUCGGCUACCCCGCCCAGCAGCUCUCCCGCCUCCGGGAGGCGCUGGCCAAGGAGCAGUACAACGGCCUCCUUUGGACGGCGCCGGAAGUCCUCCGUGCCCCGCGGACACUGUCGCCGGAAGCUGACAUCUACUCACUGGGGAUCGUCUUCCAAGAGGUCCUCCUCAUGGCCCGCCCCUUCGCUUCCGACCUGUCGGACGCGGAGAUCGUCCUGGCGGUGAAGAAGCCCUCGGAGCCGCCGUACCGCCCGGCGCUGGAGACGUCGGCGGUGGCGGCGGAGAUGGCGCAGCUGAUGGAGCGCUGUUGGGCGGAGAACUGCCGCGACCGACCCCGCAUCGGGCAGGUUAAACAGGUCCUGGCGCGCAUCAGCGGCCUGAAGCCGGGCGGUCACUUCAUGGAGAUGGUGAUGCGGAAGCUGCGGGAGUACGCGGAGGAGCUGGAAGAGCAGGUGGCGGAAAGGACGCAGGGGUUGCUGGCGGAGAAGAAGCGGUCGGAGGAUCUCCUGCGCAACAUGCUGCCGGGGAGUAUCGUAGAGGCGCUGGUGCGCGGCGUGAGCGUGGAGGCGGAGGUGUUCGCCAGCUGCACCGUGGCCUUCAGCGGCGUCGUCCACUUCGGGGCGUUGGUGUGCGGGAUGACGCCGUGGGACUGCGUGGCGCUGCUGAACGAGUUCUUCUCGGCCUUCGACCAGCUGAUCGGCGAGUACGACGCCUACAAAGUGGAGACCAUCGGCGACACCUACAUGCUAGCCAGCGGCGUGCCGGUUCGCAACGGCAACCUGCACGCGGAGCAGCUGGGCCUGCUGUGCUGCGGCGCGCUGGCACUGGUGGAGCGCUGCAGUUUCGCCGGGCGGAAGCUGCAGCUGCAGAUGGGCCUGCACUCCGGUCCCCUGGCUGCCGGACUGGUGGGGCUGCGCAUGAUGCGCUAUUGCCUGUUCGGCGACACGGUCAACAUGGCGUCGCGGAUGACCAGCACGUCGCUGCCGCAACGCCUGCAGGCUAGCGAAUCGUCUAAACUCAUUCUCGACACUUCGCAAGUGCUGCGCUGCCAGUCCCGCGGCACGGUGCAAGUCAAGGGAAAGGGCUUGAUCGAAACCUUCUGGAUUAGUCGCGGCGAUGGCUCAUGAUUGCCGGCUGUUUGCGGAUUGGCAACCCAGUGUUGACUACGAGCGGCGUAUAAAAGAUGCGCGCCAAACAACCGCGCGCCCUCAGGCU